UGUAUGUACUGGCCAUUGUUGUCGAUAUGGAUCAUGGUACUUUGUUGUAAUACGAAUUCAUUUUAGGGGUGUUUCAGACAAUUCAAAACAAAAACCCCUCCAUCUUCGUUCACUCUCUCGCCCUACUGUAAUUUCAGUUCCUACCCCAAAAACCCUAAAGUCUCCGCCAAUUGCCCCCGGCUGAUCUGCCGGCGUAGCUGAAGGUUUGGAUUGGAUGGCUUAUAUUCAAUAUGGUAGAAAUGCCAUCAGGCAAAUUAUCAAAGAAACGAAUGUGCAUAGCUCUGAUCGAAUGAUGCAACCACUUUUGUAUGUUAGCCAAGGAAUCAGACACAGGAAAUUGGAAGUUAUCCUAACAAGAAACAUCGAAAAGCUUGGGAAAGCUGGUGAGACAGUGAAGGUUGCUCCUGGGCAUUUUCGCAAUCACCUUAUGCCCAAGUUGCUGGCUGUUCCUAAUAUUGACAAGUAUGCGUAUCUCAUCAGGGAGCAGCACAAGAUUUAUCCACCUGAGAAAGAAAAGGAGGAGGUUAAGGUGGUUGCAGUGUCUGAGGAAGAUAAGAUUAAAGAGUAUGAAAAGGCCGCCAAACGUCUUGAUAAAGCUCGUUUGGUAGUACGGAGAUUGAUCAAUAUUGAGAAGUUCCGUUCACGCUCAACAAAGGAUGAGCCUAUAGAAGUGCGUGAACCUGUAACCAAAGAUGAUAUUGUGGCUGAGGUGGCUAGGCAACUUUGCGUGCAACUCGCUCCUGAAAACCUUCAAUUAUCAUCGCCUUUGUCAACUGUGGGAGAGUAUGAGGUGCCAUUGCGCUUUCCAAAGUCCAUCCCUUUGCCUGCUGGCAAAGUUCAUUGGACACUUAGUGUUAAACUCCGGACGAAAUAAAAUGUUACCCUAAACAGUUUGAUGGAGACUAUUUAGUGGAUGAUAGUUUAGUUUUGGCUUUUGCACUUUUUGUCAAUUCCAUUGGCAACCAAAUUGAUGUACUUUUUUAUUUUCCUAACAUCUCAUAAGUAACCCCUUUGUUUUGGGUUAUUGUUUCA